AUGGAAAGUCAAUUUAAACACCCAUUGGUUAAACCAUCCACCGAAACUUCAGGCAAGACCACUCCCUCGCAAGUAUUGCAUGCCGCUGUACAUGCUAAUCAGGCGUCUAUGUGCACUCUUCUCGCCACCGCUCAAAUGUUAAUUGCCAACGAAAAUGGACGUAUCAUGAAGAUCAAAGCCCUUAUAGAUCAGGGAUCGGAGAUCAACAUCAUUUCGGAAAAAAUUGUCCAAGCUCUCAAGCUUCCUCGCUCCAAAUCAAGUAUUUCCCUGAUAGGUGUCGGGGAACAUUCUACUAACAAGACUCGUGGCAUCACUUUUUUCAAGAUUAUUUCUCUCCAUGAUUCAUCAGAAGAAUUCCACAUAUCAGCGCAUAUUCUCCCUAGCUUAACGAGUUCGAUCCCGUCAAGUAAAGUCUCCGGAGAAUCCUGGUCACAUCUGGAUGGAUUGCCUUUAGCCGAUUUUCAAUAUGGAAUUCCCAGUUCGAUUGAUCUAAUCAUCGGUUCCAAUUGUUACCCUCAGAUCAUUAAGGACGGUUUAAUCAAAGGUCCGCCGAAUACGCCUAUUGCACAAUUAACCUCGUUUGGUUGGAUCCUCUCCGGCCCCGCUUCAUCGGAAUCGACGAAUCGUUCUAUGCGAAGUUACCAUAUUUCAAUGGAUUCCCGCUUAUAUGACCUUCUCCAUCGUUUUUGGCAACUUGAAGAAAUUGGUGCACGCCAAGAAUCCUUCAUCUCCCCGGAAGAUCAACAAUGUGAGCAACACUUUAAAGAUACCCACUCUCGGAACGAUCAAGGACGGUAUGUGGUGCGUCUGCCCUUCAAGAAGCCUCCUCAACGUUUAGGAAACUCUUAUAAUCGAGCUUCAAGAAUGAUGGAUUCUCUGCGAAAUCGGUUUCAAGUGAACGCAAAAUAUGCGGAAGCCUAUUUCAAAUUUAUGAGGGAAUAUGAAGACCUCCAGCAUAUGAAAUUAAUAACCGAUGUAAAUGAAGAACUUUUACCUCCCAAUUUUUAUCUUCCUCAUCAUGGAGUGUGGAGGGAGAGUAGUACAACUACGAAACUACGAGUCGUGUUCAAUGGAUCAAGUCGUACAACAUCCGGAAUUUCUCUAAAUGAGAUAUUGCAUACAGGCCCAAAGCUUCAAGUGGAUUUAUUCAACGUUCUUAUUUGGUUUCGGCAAUUCCAAUACGUCUUUUCUGCUGAUAUAGAAAAGAUGUAUAGGCAAAUCCAAGUACACCCCGACGAUUGGAGAUUUCAACGCAUCCGAUGGUCGAAUUCAGACAAGGAUGUCAACUCUUUUGAGCUCACCACUGUUACUUAUGGAUUGGCUUGCGCGCCUUAUUUAGCGCUUCGUACCAUUACUCAGCUUAUUGAAGAUGAGGGAACCAAUUUUCCAUCAGCAGUUCCUUGCCUAAAACACGGACGAUAUAUCGACGACAUUUUCGGAGGAGCAGAAUCAAUUGGUGAGGUCCAUGAAAUCAUCAAUCAACUUAACCAGUUGUGCAAGGCGGGCGGCUUCCCGCUACAAAAGUGGUCUAGUAAUCACGCUCAUGUACUCCAUCAUCUACCACCAGAACGGUUGAGAAAUCCGGAUCCAAUACCUUUUGAUUUGGACUCCUGUGUAGCAGUACUUGGUCUACAGUGGAAGCCUACUGCCGACUACUUUCAAUUUAGUCUAGAUCGACCUUCUACGGCCACUAUCACCAAACGAACGAUAUUAUCCACGAUUGCUAAGCUCUUCGAUCCGCUUGGACUACUCUCACCUGUAAUCAUCAAAGCCAAAAUACUUAUUCAAGAAUUGUGGAUCAACAAACUCGAUUGGGAUGCGUUGUUACCAAGCACUUUGGCAAAUCAGUGGAUAACUUUCGUUGAGGAAUUAGAAGACCUCAAAUUCAUCAAUAUUCCUCGUUGGCUUGGCAUCAAAUCGGAUAAUCAAGUUCAAUUACACGGAUUUUGCGAUGCAUCUAAUCAAGCUUUCGCAGCAGUAAUCUACCUCCGAACCGUGAACCUUGAAGACCAGAUUAACGUUUGCCUAAUUGCCACUAAAACGAAGGUAGCGCCUUUGAAGCGUCUUACCAUUCCCAGAUUAGAACUAUCAGGAGCAGUACUUCUCACCAAACUAACCACGCACGUCCGUGAUGUUCUCAACUUGAAGGACGUUCCUAUUUACUUGUGGACGGACUCAUCCAUCACUCUAACCUGGAUUCAGAACCAUCCAUCCCGAUGGAAAGAUUUUAUUCAAAAUCGUGUAGUUCAAAUACAAGAAACACUACCUCAAGCUAAGUGGAAAUUCGUUCCCGGCAAGGAGAACCCAGCUGAUUUCGCCACCAGAGGUUUGUCGCCAUCAAAACUCGCGUCCCAAACCAUCUGGUGGAAAGGACCAUGUUGGCUUUCACAAUCGAUUGAUUGUUGGCCAGAUUGCUUCCCUUCAACUGCUACCUCGGAUAAUCUUGAAGAAAGACCCACCAAAGUUUAUUCACUCAUAACCAUUGAACCGCAACCCCCAUGGGAUUUGUUAACAAGAUAUUCCAAUCUCAAUAAGCUCUUACGCAUUACGGCUGUGUGUCAGAGAGCAGUUGAACGAUUUAAACGGAUCAAAAUUAGUCCAAGAGAACUCCUCAGCACGACUGAAUUAGAGUCCGCUAAACUCUAUUGGAUCAACAGCAUUCAACGGCAACACUUCGCUCAUGAAAUCAAGCUUUUAUCACGAGGAGAGUUCCUUCCUAAGUCGAACCCACUCACCAAAUUGACUUCAUACAUUGACGCAUCCGGGCUCUUAAGAACGGGUGGUCGGCUUCAGAAUUCAACGUUACCUCCAGAAAGGAAACAUCUUCUAAUCCUCCCAAAGCAAUCGCCAUUAACGGAGCUCAUUAUCCAAGAUGCUCAUCUGAGAACUUGCCACGGAGGUACACAAGUAACGUUAACCCUCCUGCGAGAUUCUUACUGGAUCAUUGGAGGUCGGUUGCCGAUAAAAAAUUUUAUCCUGCGUUGCGUCAUUUGCACAAGAUACAGACAAAAGAGAGCGCAACAGCUCAUGGGACAGCUUCCGCCUGAACGAGUAACACCGACUUCACGCCCAUUCAUCAACACCGGAAUUGACUACGCUGGCCCCCUUCUCAUCAAGACCUGGAGAGGAAAAAAUGCGCGGCAGUACAAAGCUUACAUUGCCGUAUUCGUUUGUUUUGCCACAUCAGCAACACACCUCGAACUUGUUUCAGAUUAUUCCGCUGACGCCUUUAUAGCAGCAUAUAAAAGGUUUACUGCUCGACGAGGAAUCUGCGUUAACUUGUUCAGUGAUUGCGGUACUAAUUUGAUAGGAGCUGACACGGAGCUAAAGAAAUUACUCUCUGAAGCAUCUCAAGAACAUAAACAAUUGGCCUCCCUACUCACCCAAGACGGAACACAAUGGAAUUUCAACCCGCCUAGUGCUCCUCACUUUGGCGGCAAGUGGGAAGCAGCCGUGAAAUCGGUUAAGUUCCACUUAAAGAGAGUCCUUGGUAAUCACUUGCUUACCUUCGAGGAAAUGACAACACUUUUAACUCAGAUCGAAGCGGUUCUGAACUCAAGACCUUUGUCUCCUCUUUCUGACGAUCCAGAAGACUUAGCCGCAUUAACACCUGGACAUUUCAUCCUAGGACACGCACCUACAGUUCUACCAGAGCCUUCGCUUGAACACAUUAAUUUGUCACGCCUAUCCAGAUGGCAAUUGUUACGACAAAUGCUGGAAAGUUUCUGGUCCCGAUGGUCUAAAGAAUGUCUUCAACGGUUUCACGACACCUCUAAAUGGAGUCAUCCGACACCCUCUUUGAAGAACGGAGAUAUGGUACUAGUAGUCGACGAAAGGUAUCCACCUUCCAAAUGGCCUCUAGGUCGGAUCGUUGACACACAUCCCGGAAAAGACGGCCUUACUCGAGUAGUCACGGUAAAGACUCAAACUACCAUGUUGAAACGACCCGUCGUCAAACUCUGCCCAUUGCCCAUACACCAAGAUCCUUUGUUGGUUCGUUAA